AUGUCGAAGCCUGCACCAGGACACAAAGAUGCUACGUAUCACACCGAGUGCACGGGGCAAGCGCUCGAGACAGUCAAGGCACACUCGUCUCCCUCAGAGCAGACUCUCUUCGGAGCCUGCUUCUGCCCUUUUGUACAUCGCGUCUGGAUCGCGCUUGAGUAUCUUGGAGCGCCGUACCAGUACCGCGAGGUUGACCCGUACAAGAAGCCUGCAGACCUGCUCGAGCUCAACCCCAAAGGUCUUGUACCAGCACUGAAGCUAUCAAACGGCAAAGGGCUUACCGAGUCGACUGUCAUCCUUGAAUACGUCGACGAGAAGUACGAUGGUGGCAAGGGCGGCAAGUCACUCCUGCCUCCCUUAUCCGACCCCUAUGAGCGAGCUUGCUACCGCCUCGCUGUUGACAAGGCCAACCGCAAUCUUAUCCCCUCUUUCUACCGCUACCUUCAGGCGCAAGAAGUCAAAAAGCAGCUCGAAGGUGCAAAGGAGUUCACCUCGCACCUCAGCGAGUUCGUUCGCUCCAUGUCGACUUCAGGCUCUGAGGGCUUCUGGAACGGCAAGUCGCUUUCGAUCGUUGACUGCACCGUGGCACCUUGGCUGUAUCGCGCGACCAAUGUGUUGCGACACUUCCGUGGCUUUGAUCCCGAGCAGUUGCUCGAGAAAGACGUUUUACAGCGAUGGAACCGCUGGACUGCAGCAGUGUUUGAGCUGGAUGCUUUCAAAGCUACCGCUUCCACGGAUGAUCUCUACCUCGACUCUUAUGUGCGCUAUGCUCAGAACAGGCCAUUGACCUCUCAAGUCGCUGACGCUAUCAACAAGGGCAGAAGCUUGCCUUGA